AGAGAGAGAGAGAGAGGACUGUAUAAGGAAGACAGAGAGAGAGAGAGAGGACUGUAUAAGGAAGACAGUUUCUGUCGCUCUGCAGCUCCUGGUCAGACGCCAUCAAUAACAGGAUGUUAAUGCUAGACGGAAUGCCUGCAGUCCGAGUCAAAGCAGAACCUCUGGAAUCUGAGAGAGGGUCACCCAAAGUGCACGGCUAUCCUGAUAUGGAGGCUGUGCCGCUCCUGCUCAGCAAAGUGAAGGCAGAACCUCCAGAAGACCUGCUCUCGUCCGAGCAGUUUCAGACCCAGACAGAGCCCGUGGACCUGUCCAUCAACAAGACACGGACGUCAUCUCCUUCAUCCAACAGCUCACCCAUUACCUCAGCCUUCUCUCCAUCUUCCUCUUCAUCAUCGUCAUCCUCACCUUCCGUCAUCACCUCAGUCUCCUCGGGAAUGCCCUCCAUUUUGACACCCGGGCCCUUGGUGGGCUCUUCUCAUGGAGUUAGAGGCCAGCAAUUUUUGCACAUCAUCCACCCCGUCCCCACUUCCAGCCCCAGUAAACUUCCCAGCCAGGUGCACCGUAUCCCUGUGGUGGUGCAGUCACUGCCCCUCAUGUACACCACAGCCGUACGCUCCCCUUCAACCCUCAACUCCACCAUCAUGUUACCUCUCCUGGACGAGGCCAAGUACCAUGGCAAAGCACAAACAUACCCCAAUGGCCUGUCGCCAAGACAAAUCAAAAUUGACAGUGAUGAUGACGACCUGCCAAACGUGACCUUGGACAGUGUUAAUGAAACAGGAUCCACGGCACUGUCUAUAGCACGAGCAGUCCAGGAUUCCAUGUCACCAUUCAGUAUUGAGAGCAUUCGACGGCCACAGCCACCUGAUUCUCCAGACUCCAAGAAACGACGCAUCCACAGGUGUGACUUUGCAGGCUGUAAUAAAGUUUAUACCAAGAGCUCCCAUUUAAAGGCACACAGGAGGACACACACAGGUGAGAAGCCAUACAAGUGCACCUGGGACGGCUGCACAUGGAAGUUUGCCCGCUCAGACGAGUUGACACGACAUUACCGUAAGCACACAGGGGUCAAACCCUUUAAGUGUGGGGACUGCGACCGAAGCUUUUCCCGCUCAGACCAUCUGGCCCUGCACCGUCGCAGACACAUGCUGGUUUGAACCCACCCACUCACUCACACACGGGAGAGCUGGAUCUCCCCCAGUAGUGUUCAGCUGGACUGGACACAGACACGGCCAUCCCUACCCCUGAGAAAGAAUGAGAGAGAGGAUAAAAGCAAGCGAAGGAGGAGCAUGAUGCUUUCCCCACAUUUGCAGAGCUAAACAGGGUCCAUUCAGGGAGGGAGAUGGCUCAUCUACAAGCCUGAAACAUUUGGAGUCCAGGAUGUUGAUUGUCUCGUGUCUGUUCAAAGGAUUAUUUCACUCGGACAGAUGGUUUGUUUUCUGAUUUUUCCUUUCUGAAUCAUCCGUGUGGUCUGUUUUAACAUGGCUGCUUGUCACUCAACAUCUACAAUGUGAAGAAACGCAGAGUGGAAUGGCUCUACGUGUUGUUCUGAAAGAUGCGAAGGGGAGUGUGACCGUGCAUGGUGACCGUUUACAUUUACCUUUACCAAGAGCCAGACUAUUUCAGAAGGAUUAAGCAGAUCUUCUAAUGAAGAAGACUUUGGGCCAGUGAUUCCAGAGGUUUCAGAGGUCGCCAUUUACAGGUUAACACACCAGCUACUGAGAUUACACAACAAACAAUCUAUCAUAAUGUUCAUUUUGGGUCAUUAUAUCUUCUGUUCCUCCUAACUGAAAUUGACUGAAUUUGAUAGACAGACAAAAUGUAGGUGCAGUCUACUCUCCACAUUUGUCUGAAUUUCAUCACAUUGACUCAUUAAUUAGGAAAAUAUGUGUAAAUCUGGAUAAUGAGGGUCUACUCAGACAGGUAACUCGAGGCAGAAGAGCAAUAUACUCAUUCUGAGCACCACAGGGGUGAGCUGGCCUGGUCCUCACCCAUUUACACAGUCAAAACUUUGGGUUUCUACCAGUGCCGCUUUGUUUUCUAUAAUUCGGAUACCUCUUCUAUUUAUAAUGCAUUUCUAGCUGCCGCAUUUUGGAGGUGUAGUCUCUCACAACUUUCUAGGAUAUGCUGAGGAAAUCUCUUGAAUAUCCUCUGUUUUCUUUUCCUUUUGUGAGAUUGCUUUGAACUAUGAAGCCUGAUGUCAGUUACGGUCAGUACAACAGCACUGUUCAAUGGCUUUGUCCUUCACUUUGUAUUUAUGAAGUAUCUUUGCAAACAUCAGUGUAUCCAUUUGCUAAUUAUUUUGAUGACACUUCAUUUAAUUAAUGCAUUUGGUAACAUUGGUAACUAACUAUUACCAUUCAGAAGUUUGGGGUC